AUGAUAGUUGGUGGCCAAGUGAUUGACAAGGCUGUUGAAAACUACAUUGAUGAGGAGUUUGAGAAAGUUGAGAAGCAAGAAAGGGCUUUAGCCACUUUAACCAUGGCAUUAUCUCCCGAUAUUACUCAAGGUUUUCGUGAGUACACCUCAGUUAAAGAUCUAUGGGAAGCCCUAAUUGAAGUUUAUGAAGGCAAUGAAGAUAUGAAGGAGAGUCGACAGGACAUGUUGAGACAAAAGUUCAAUAUGUUCAGCCACAUACCAGGAGAGACUCUUGAGGCUCAGCUGCAGCGGUUCACAACUGUCACAACUGACAUGAAAAUAUCUGGGAUUUUCUUGACCAAGUCAGAAAUCAACAAGAAGCUUCUGAAUAUUCUUCCUAGAUCAUGGGAUAUGAAUGUUGUUGUGAUUAAGAAAACUAAGGAUUUAAACCGCCUCACUCUUGCUGAAAUCAUGGCGAUCAUCAAAGCUUGUGACAUUAAUGACAAAUAG